AUGGUCGGCGGAGCUUUCUCUGGUGAAGCUGUCAUUUUCGGUAACACCGUUGGCAGUCUGAAUCCUUGCAAGAGUGCAGCCAGUAUCAUGAACCGUGGUAACUUCUAUGGUCUCAUGUUUUUCGUUCUCGCUCUGAUCGAGUUCUUCGCAAACGUCGUCAGUUGGGGAGGAUUCGGUUUCGUUUCUGAGAAGAUUGUUUACAAGGUCCGAGUCUUGUCUUUCCGGUCACUUUUCGAACAGGAUCUCCAAUGGCACCAGUCCAACGGCCGGUCUCCUGCCCUCCUUCUUUCUUACAUUACCAGAGAUGGUAACGCCUUGGCUGGCCUGAGUGGCUCUGUCAUCGGUACCCUAUUCGCUAUCACGGUCAACCUCAUCGCCGCCAUUAUCCUCACCCACAUCAUCGCAUGGAGAAUUGCCUUGGUCUGUUUGGCCGUGGUUCCCCUUUUGCUUGGUGCUGGUAUGAUGGAGCUUAUGGUCCUCGGCAAGUUCGAGGAACGUCACGAAAACGCCUACACUAAGUCAGUCGACAUUGGUGUCGAAGCAGUCACCUCGAUUAAGACAAUCGCAUCUCUCUCCCUCGAAGAGGACACUCUGCAGACUUACCGGCGAUCCUUGAAGGGACCUCGCAAGGAGACACUCAUGGUUACUAUCCAAGCCAGUCUAUGGCAGGCCAUGACCUACUUCCUUGGUAACCUCGUGAACGCCCUCGCCUACUGGUGGGGUUCCAAGCAAAUCAUCAACGGAAACUACACCCAGACCCAGUUCCUGAUCGUCGUAUUCUCCCUCCUCGUCAGCGCCCUGCUCUGGAGUCAGAUGUUCGCACUGGCACCUGAGCUUUCUGCCGCACGAUCUGCCAUGGCCAGGAUCCUAGGCCUCAUCGAGAUCGGCAAGGACAAGAUGAACGGAACCCUCAAUGAUGUUGAGUCCGUCGAAGAAAAGCCUACCUACGAUACCGGCAACCCAGCCUCGAGUGUGCAACUCCGCGACGUCCACUUCUCAUACCCCGCUCGCCCCGAUAUGAAGGUGCUGAAGGGUCUGAGUGUUGAUAUCCGCCCAGGCAAGUUCUGCGCUCUGGUCGGACCCAGUGGUGCCGGUAAAUCCACCAUCAUUUCCCUAGUUGAGCGUCUCUACACGCCGGAAUCCGGAGGCAUAUUCAUCGAUGGCGUCGACGUGACAAAGACUACUGAUGUCUCCUUCCGCGACUGGGUCUCCUUGGUUCCCCAGGAUAGCGUCCUGUUCGAGGGAAGCAUUGAGUUCAACAUCGGUCUCGGAGCACGACCUGGUCACGACGUGAGUCUUGAAGAAAUCCAAGAGGCUUGCAAGCUUGCCAACAUCCACGAUGUUAUCAUGUCCCUGCCGGAGGGAUACCAGACUCUCUGUGGACCUAAUGGUAACCAAUUCUCCGGUGGUCAGAAGCAGAGACUGUCCAUUGCUCGUGCGCUUGUUCGUAAGCCUAAGUUGUUGAUUCUUGACGAGUCGACGAGCGCUUUGGAUGCUGAGUCUGAAAAGCUUCUGCAGGAUGGUCUUGAGAAGGCUGCGCGGGGUAUCACUGUUAUUGCCAUUGCUCAUCGUCUGCACACUAUCCGAAAAGCGGAUGUGAUCUUCUUGAUUGAUGGCGGUAUUUGCACUGACUCUGGUUCGCAUGAGGAAUUGUUGCAACGGUCGGAUAGUUACCGUGCCAACGUCAUGCACCAGACGGUUGCUACUUAA